AAAGUUUAUUACACUGGCAAGCUAAAGGAGAAUGGACAGAUUUUUUACUCAAAUAUUGGAAAAUCUCCAUAUAAGUUUCGGCUAGGCGACAAAGACAUCAUAGAGGGAUGGAACCUUGGUCUUGACGGCAUGCGUGUGGGUGAUAAAAGAAGGCUCACAGUCCCGCCAUCAAUGGGCUACGGUAAUCAGGGAGCUGAGGAGAAUAUCCCACCAAACUCGUGGUUGGUGUAUGAUAUUGAAUUGAUUGGAGUCCGUCGAUAACUCCAGCUUAGUAUUAUUCAUUCGUGGAUGAAAGAUCACCUAUAGGGAACUUAUCGUUUCUUGAAAUUUUGUCACGUGAACUCUCUGUGGAAGUUGGUGCUGAGGCAGGUUCUAGACAAAGAAUUAGCGACAGAAAUUACAACCACUUUCUUCAUUACCAGGACCGACUUGUUGAGGAAAAGCUACUACUCAAAGGCAAAACUUUCCAUGCAUUUGGGUAGUAAUAUUUUUGAACGUGUGAGCGACAAGAAAAAUGGGACAAGCCAGCCUCUCCACCUUCUUUGCAGGUGGCGAUUUUUGCAUACCUGGUUGUGUUCUUGAUUCUGUAAUGGAAAUUAUCUGAUGAUAUGUAAUUUGGGUUGUUUUUAGUGAGCUUUCUUAGCUGAAAGAAUCAUUUCAAUUUUAGAGAUAGUGUCGUUAGAAGUAUACGAAAUUUGAUCUCCGUAUAAUAUUCGUGUGAUUUACAUGAAGUUUUGAUUCCGGUCUAAGAUCUUGGACAACUAAUACAGUAUAAUUUAUGUAUAACUACUUGAAUGUUUUAUUUCCA